AUUUGGAGAGGUUUCACCGCCUGGUAAUCGAGAUAUUCAUUGUUGAAAAUGACAAGGUUAAACAUGGGCUUCCCCUUAAAAAAAAAAUAUUUCGAUAGAUCGAAAUGUGAAGCCUCUAUGGUUUUGUUGCCAUGGUUGUUUUUAUUCGUUGCCAUGGUCGAAGUUUUGCCAAGUUAGUUGCCACCGCGAGCAUAUGUUAGAUUGUCAAAAUUAAGUGGGCGCUACGCGUUCGCGUUGUUGCUAGUAUAUAACGCUAUCGCUCCGGUAAUUAAAGCGUCUCUGGCAGCAACUCGUCAUAUCUUAUAAAUGUACUUGUCUCAGAGUCGCCGCUGCGACUCUAGAUAAUACUAUAGAAUUAUUAAUGGCCGUUUUCUCCGAUGCGGUUCAAACUCAGUUUAAUUUUUUUCAUAUAGUUUCGAGGUAAAUUUCAUCAUGAUCGAUCAAGAUUUAGUAUUAAAAAUCGAUUAAAUGGAAAUUUCAAUGUCUUCAGCUCUAAAUUGAUUUAAAAAACGGUGCAAUCACUUCUGUCUCGCAUGUCUUACACAGUAGUCGGCCAUAAAAAAAGUUGAGUGGUGUCAAGUCUAACGAACGAGCCAUACAACUUUUAUAAGAAAAGUUUUUGCCUAAAUUUGAAAAGAUAGAAAAUAUUUCUACUACUAAUAUAUAGUUAUUUGGUCGCCCUGUAUAAUCCGGACGAAUAAUCUAAUGUUAAAUAUACGAAACAACCUUGCUGGGAAUAAAGUAUAUUUUCAAUUCGUUAUAUUCCAACUAAAGUGUCAAAGAUAAGAUCGGUGGACAAAAUGACCGCAGAAUUAUUUGUAGAAAAAUUUAGUAAGCUGUAAGAUUGGCUCAUCUAUGGACUUCCAGUCUAUAUUUCCGGCUGUUUCCGCUAGCAGUAUCUACAAUUACUUUAAUUAUUAAUAACUCAUGAAUAUAAAAAGUCGAGUUUAAAAUUUCUGCAAUGGCGAUCGUAUUACACUCGGUACAUGAUAAUUGAUAACUAUAGGCUCGAGGAACGAAAUGAGAAUCUUGUCAACAAGUAUGAAAAUAUGGAAUCGUUGUUGAAAAUCGUUGAUGUAGAAACCGCCGACGAGAUAGCUCAUUUGAAAAGACUCAUAAUGGUUGAAUCGGAUAAAGUUGGAGAGUUGCGGCAGAGGGUGUAUUGCGGUGAAAACAUGAGAAAUGGAGAAGAACAAGUACACCUGAAAAACAUCGAUUCGGCGAACGAUAAAUAUGAGAAAAGACGAAUGGCACUGGUUUUAUCGAUAAGAGCGCUCGGUAAAUAUUUUUCAGUAUAUUUUCUUAUUCUUAUUAUUUCGUAACUGACAAGUAUGAAAAUGAAAUUGUACACGCGCUUACGUAUAGACGCAAAAAUUAAUACUCUGGAGGAUUACAAACACAGCAGAGAGAUUUUGCUCGAAAAAUUGAGAAUACAAGAUGAGAAGAUGGCAUCAAACGAACGAGACGUGGCACAAAAACAAGACGCGAUUGAUCGAAAAUUUAAAAUUGAUCGCGACAAGUAUUACGCCUUCAUGAAUUCACAUGCAUUGCGUUGGCUUCACCUCGAACUCAUCAUUCAAUUAUUAUUUGAAUCCAAUUUUUUUCUUCAUUAUUGUAGAUAAACAUAUUUAUUGUUGCAUGCCGCUCGGUUCUUUAAAUUUAUAAUAGGUAGAAACAAAUGUAAAAAGAGAUUUUGAACAGUUAUACAGUUGAAACUUAUAUGAUUGAUUUUGAAGAAACUCAAUCGUACUAUGGAAAAUUAUUAAAUUAUUAUUUCAACCAUCAGAAUGAAGAAUGAAAUGAUUAGCCGUCUACUCGGGCUAUCUGGAACAUUGCAGAUGGAAAUCGGUGGGACAAUACCAUUACCGAUCCACAAAUUGUUGCGGCGAAAUAUUUUCAUUAGAGCUGAAUUAUUAAAAUUCGUCAACGAGAUAUUCGCACGAAAAGAGAGUUGCGCUAAAUUGCAAAUGAUGGAGGAGAUACAUCGCAGUUCGAUACUGGAGCACAAAAAGGGAGAAAGAAAAAGUUUAAUAACUGUGAAAAUACAAACGUGUUUAUUGAAAGCUCUCAAAAAACUGCACUCAAGCAUGAAAGAACGAGUUGCCUGUCUGGACGAGUCUCAAAAAUUCAUUCAAGAAAUUUACGAUAAUUUGGCUGAUUCGGCUAACAAGGAAUAUCUGAAAUGUGAAAUGCGUACGAGUAAAUUGGAAGUCCUGCUUCAUCAAGAAAGAAUCAAACUCGGACGCGUUCAAUAUUUGAAAAGUAACACCGAGUUGCGAGAAAAAAUAUACAACCAAAUUCUUUAUGACGUUAAAUAUGCUGUUGCUUGUCUCCUGAGGGUUUGUUCAUCAUAUUUUCAGCUCGCAAUGAGAAAUAAUAUAUUUUAAAGCCUCAGGAAAUGUAAUUCGAUGUGCUGAUAACGAUCGGUGUUUCUCAUGCUCCUCAUGCUCAUGCUCAUAAAAAAUAUCAAUCAAGUUGACAGGGUCAGCAGAUCGUGAAAUUAUGGAAAUGAAUAAACGACAAUUCAUCUCCCAUUUGUUGCAUCUUUUCACAAGGGGACAAAUAAAAGUUCAUCAAUGUCUCGCCGUAGCUUCAAACGAAUCUGUUCCGCAACCGAAUGACGUUUACAACAAAGGUGAUUUGGGAUUCGAGCCCAAACACAUUCAUCUUGAGGUAUUAGACAACAGAUCAGAGUCAGCGGUGGAAGAAACAACAGAAACAGUCAUAGAUCAUUUUGCAACAUUCGAUACAUCGUCGCAGUACGAGUUGGAAGAAAGACAAAUCCACUUGAGAAGUAGCACCCCAUCGAGUGACACGACUUCGGAGGCAACAACAUCCAUGGAAACUAAGAAAUCGAGUGAUUCUAAAGAGGAAGAUAUGCUUGAAGCUUACUUAGAGUCGAUCGAUCAGGAAAACGAAGAACAUUCGAGUGCUGAAUCAGAAAAGUUGGUAGAGCAGUAG